GUGAAAGUGACAAAGGACUUUGGACUUUAAAGAACAUAAAUUGUUUCUGUGAAUACUUUAUUUGGACUUUAUUUUGUGAUAAUUUAACAUGGCGAAUUUAAUUAAAACACAAAUGGAAUUACAUAAACAAUUAGACAAGGCUUUAAAAAACUUUAAGAAAACACCUAAAGCUAGACUGACGGAAACAUACGCUCAAGUAAAAUUAGAAUUGUUAGAAGAUUUAUGGAACAACUUUAAACAAAAUCAUCAAAUAUUAAUGAUAACCACUGAGAUUAAUAUACAUGAAUCAGAUUACAUAAAGAAUGAAAUUUAUGAUUUAACUGAAGAUAUUUUUACUGCUGCUAAAUGUGAGAUGAAGGAGAUUCUUAAGACAUUUUGUUCACCUAAUCCGACUUCAGAUAGUAAUCAGACCACGUUGUCUCAGUCGAAAGCACCUACAGCUAUGACUCCGGAAUUAAAAUUACCCCAUAUUAAUAUUCCCGUAUUUACAGGAAAAUAUUCCGAGUGGAUACCAUUUCAUGAUUUAUUUGUGUCGCUUAUUCAUCGAAAUUCAGCACUUAUGGACGUACAAAAACUACAUUAUCUUAAGUCUAGUCUGAGUGGAGAAGCAGCAACAUUAUUAAAACACAUACCCAUAAGUGAAGCUAAUUAUGAAGAUGCGUGGGUGAUAUUACAAAAGCGAUAUAAUAAUAAACGAUUUAUCCCUCUCCCCGGCGACAUUUGUAACGACAGUGCGGAUCCCCUCAGUCUUUUGGACCGGGACGUGACCCCACCCGGUGGUCGGCUGGGCGACCCGCCGCUGCGCAAACCAACUGUGGGGUCGCCGAACAUUUUAUGGCCGGGAACCCCAAUAACACAAGCCAGGUCCUAUCGUGCGAGCAUCGCCACCACGUGCCCGCUCUCCAGGCACAAGCAAAACAGUUCCGCAGCGGCUGAUAAUCAGCCGACACGAACCGCCCUGCCGUCGUCACUGCUUAACCGCGGCUAA